UGUGCAGGGGAGCGCUGGGAGGCGGCGGGAGCGCGAGCACGAGGGGGUGUGCGCGCAAGCGGGCAAGGGGCGCAUCGAGGCCAGGGGUAGCGACCUGCGGGGCCAUGAGCCCCCGGCACUCUCCAGCUCCGGCAUCUCCUCGCUCGCCCCCGCCCCAGCUCGGCUCCGCCCCGCCCCUCGAGCGGGGUCCGCGUCUGCGGCUGCGUUCCCCGAAAGACGAGGCUGCGCCCGGGUUUUGGUCCGCAGGGAGACCGAAGGGCACUGCUCCCCGAGCCGCGCACACUGCCUGAGUCCGGAGUGCGGACACCCCAGGGAUCUUCCCAGGGAGGACGAGACAUCCCCCAACCCCCACAGGCCGGCCCCCCAGAGGACCCCUGCCCACAACCCCCGCGAUUCCCCCAGGCUUGCUCGGAACAUGCUGCCUCCAGCCAUGAGGGCUCUCGGGUUGGUGAUACUGACCCUGCUGCUGUGCCCCAUGCCGGCUCAUGGCCUGUGGUGUCAGGACUGUACCCUGACCACCAACUCCAGCCAGUGUACCCCAAAGCGGUGCCAGCCAGCAGACACUGUGUGUGUCAGCGUCCGGAUCACUGACCCCAGCAGCAGCAGGAAGGAUCAUUCUGUGAACAAGAUGUGUGCCCUCUCCUGUGAAUUCAUCAAGCGGCACUUUUUCUCAGAGUAUCUGAUGGGGUUCAUUAACUCUGGGAUCCUCAGAGUGGACGUGGAGUGCUGCGACAAGGACUUGUGUAAUGGGGUGGCCGCAGAGGUGGGGCACAGCACCUGGGCCCUGGCUGCAGGGCUCCUGCUCAGCCUGGGGUCUGCCUUGCUCUGGGCCGAGCCUUGAGUCUUGGCCUCUGCAGGAGUUUGAAGCUUGUCCCUGAGCCUGACACUGCCCCUCCCUGCCUGGCUUGAUGGAGGCCUGAGCGGAGUGGCCCAGCAUUGGGGUCUGUGCUUCCCUAGAGGUGAGACCUCACUGCUUGUCCACCAGCACUGCAUCCCAGGCAGCUGGGCUUCUCCAGGGUGUCCAGGCAGGAGGCCAGGGGUGAGGGCAGGGGGUUGGGGCCCCCAGGUCCCUAAGGGGAUAUGAGGCUGAGCCAGGUGCCGCCCAGUGGCUUGGCCCAAAGGGCAUCUGUUUACCAAGAAAUAAAAUCACUUCUGAGUCCUGAG